AUGAAGUCAGUCGUCGCUGGUGUGCUCUCUUUCGCAGCCGCUGCUUCAGCGCAGCAGGCUCUUUACGGGCAAUGCGGUGGAUUGAGUUGGACCGGACCAACAACUUGUGUGGCUGGCGCCGUCUGCCAGUACUCGAAUGACUGGUACUCUCAGUGUGUCCCAGGCAACGCGGCAACGACUGCCCGGACUAGCACGCUCGUAACAUCUACUCGUCCAGCGAGCUCGUCAUCAGCCCGGACUUCUUCGAGCAGGACCUCGUCCGCUGUUCUCCCCCCUGGUACUGGCUUCCCCAAGGCUAGCGGUACCAAGUUCACCAUCGACGGCGUGACCAAGUACUAUGCUGGUACCAACUGCUAUUGGUGCAGCUUCCUGACAAACGCCGCCGAUGUCGACCUCGUCUUGGGCCACCUCAAGACUUCGGGCCUCAAGAUCCUCCGUAUCUGGGGCUUUAGCGACGUCAAUACCAUCCCGCAGUAUGACAACUGGUUCCAGCACCUGUCCGCAUCAGGCUCUACCAUCAACACGGGCGUCAACGGACUGCAGCGCCUCGACACCGUCGUUGCGUCGGCUGAGAAGAACGGAAUCAAGCUCAUCAUCAACUUCGUCAACAACUGGGACGACUACGGCGGCAUCAAGGCUUACACGAACGCCUUUGGAGGUGACCACAACGGAUGGUACACCAACACGGCUGCUCAGACCCAGUACAGGAAGUACAUCGACGCCGUAGUCAGCCGGUACAAGUCGAGCGCGGCGAUUCUCGCGUGGGAGCUCGCCAACGAGCCCCGCUGCCAGGGCUGCAGCACCAACGUCAUCUACAACUGGGCCAAAUCGACUUCGGAGUACGUCAAGAGCCUGGACCCCAACCACAUGGUGACUCUCGGUGACGAGGGCAUGGGCCUGCCUGGUGAGAGCACAUACCCGUAUGGAUACUCAGAGGGCACCGACUGGGUUGGCCUGCUUAACAUUACGACGCUGGACUUUGCGACUUUCCACUUCUACCCCAACUCAUGGGGCGUUGGUUACGCCGCAGGCAACAAGUGGGUUACCGACCACGCCGUACACUGCGCUGCCGCGAACAAGCCUUGCUUCUUCGAAGAAUACGGAACCCCUACUCAGCACUGCGAGCUGGAGAGGCCGUGGCAAAUCACGUCGGCGACGACUCCGGGUAUGGCCGCCGAUGCUUUCUGGCAGUUGGGCGACACCAUCAGCACCGGUCAGACGCACAACGAUGGUAACACCAUCUACUAUGGCACUGACGAAUGGACCUGUUUGGUCACGAACCACGUUGCUACCAUUGGCUGA